CUAAUAUUACCCAUUGCCUAUUCAUAAGCCAGAGCCGGGGAUAUAAGCUGAUAGUCUCACAUUCCGAAGACUACCAAGUUUACCACAAAGAAUGGUCGCCGAACCCUCCCUCACCCAAUCCUUCCCAGCCGACAGAGUCCUCGCAUUCGCCCGGGACGUACUGAUCGGGAAUGGCGUUCCCAGGGAACAAGCUCACAUCGUGGCGAGCUGUCUAGUGGCCGCCGAUCUUCGCGGCGUCGACACGCACGGCGUCAACCGGAUUCCGUCCUACAUGCAACGCAUUCGGCAGAAAGUCCUUGAUCCCGCCGCUAUUCCCACCCUCCACGAGGCCACGCCCGUAGUGGCCCAGGUUGAUGGCCACAAUGGGUUCGGCUUCCUGGCCGCUUCUAUGGGCAUGGACAAGGCGAUCGAGAUGGCCCGCGUGUAUGGGAUCGGCAUGGUCGCGGUCAAACACUCGAAUCACUUCGGCAUGUCCGCCUGGGUGGUGCAGAAGGCCAUCGCCGCCGACAUGAUGUCCCUGGUCUUCACGAACUCGUCGCCCGCCCUCCCCGUGUGGGGUGGCAAGGACAAACUUGUCGGCGUCUCGCCUCUGGCCUGUGGCGCCCCGGCUGGUAAAGCUCCGCCCUUCAUCCUCGACAUGGCACCUAGUAUUGCCGCGAGAGGCAAAAUUUACAAGGCGAAGAGGAGAGGCGAGAAGAUCCCUCUCGACUGGGCGCUUGACGCCAACGGCGAGACCACCGACGAUCCGGCCAAGGCACUCGAGGGUGUCAUGUUGCCCAUGGGGGGCCCCAAGGGCUCCGCGCUCGCCAUCAUGAUGGAUGUCUUUUCGGGCGUGCUUUCCGGCUCCGCCUUCGCUGGCCACGUUACAAACCCAUACGACCCGUCGAAACCGGCCGACGUGGGACAUUUCCUGGUCGCCAUCAAGCCGGAUCUCUUCUUCUCGCUGGACGAGUUUAAAGAGAGGAUGGAUUAUCUAUAUCAGAGAGUGGUUGGGUGUGAGAAGCGGCCGGGCUUCGACAGGAUUUACUUCCCCGGCGAGAUUGAGCAGCUGACCCAGAAGGAGAGGGAAAGCAGUGGAAUCCCGUAUACCACUUCCGAGGUGGAAUCUUUGAACAAAGAGGCCGAGAUGGUGGGGGCUCAAUUGCUAACGGGUUGA